CAAGCUACUACUACCUAUUAAUAGCUACUAUUUAUUAGCCAAAAUGAGUGAGAACAAAGGGAAAUAUAGUCAACUCUAUGAAGAUGAAAAAUCACCUAGGGAUGAAUCUCGCCUUAGAUAUAGACCCCAAGGUCAAGGAAAAACCCAAUCAGAGGAUGAACGCUCUAAUGCCAAUGAACCAUUCGACGACGAUGUAACACUAAAAGGGGAUUCAAAUGAAUCUCAACAUUCGGAGAAUGAAACUAUAAACGAUGAUGAACAGAUCGAUGAAAAGGCCGUGCCAAAUAUUGACAUAUUGAUGAAUUUGAAUUCCAACCCCUUGGUAUCGAACAUGAAUCCUCUCGCUCUCGCUAAUCUUCAUGGCAAUGUGAUGAACUUUAUGGUACCAACUGUUGCGGAUAGUUUAAACAGUGUAACAAACCGUCAGAAGAAACUGUCUAUGGUUUUCAAGAUACUUAUAUUCCUGUCUCUUGUAUGGCUCCCCGUAUCCAUGGAGCUGGGUCCUAUUUUCGAUUCUCCAGUCAAGUGGAAGCAGACGUCCCGGUUUAACUUUAUAAAGCGCCGUGUCAUUACCCUCGAAUGGGAAUCAAACUUCUAUCACAUCCUAAUAAGAUCAAUUUUAAAUUCGAUCCUACCGAUGGUUUCGAUAAUGAAAAUGGUUUCGCCGGGUGCUAAUGGGAUAAGGGUACCCAACUCGAGAGGAUCAUUUAUGAUCGCUCCGAUCAACAUAAAUUGCUAUUUUAUUGGCAUCAUUCCAUACUUUUGGAAACUAAUUAAGAACGUCUUGCGAUACGUAACCGACCAUGAAUUGGCAUAUUCCUAUAUGGUUUUGAGUACUUUAGAAAAGUACAACUACUUGAGAUUUAUUAUAUUAGUUACGAUCUGUGCACAACUGAUUUUCAUAUCAGAAAUAAUUCUAACUAUGGCCCAGGGAUUCUUGGGAAUGAUAAAUGCGUACAAAGUUUAUUGUAGAUUAGAAGGACGAGAUCCGAGAAAAAUAAUGCACAUGGAUAAGGAACGUAAAAAGGUUUCAAAGUAUUAUUUCGUCAGCGACAAGACUAAGAACCUUUAUGAUAGUCUCCAGGAGCUUAUUCACAAUUCUGCUGCUAAAAAUGAAACAAAUGUUUAAUUAAAUAUAAAGUUCAAAAACCAGAUAAGCCCAAUUUCCAGAACUA